AUGGCGGCAAGCGGCGCGCCCUCGCGCCCGCCGCGCCGCGGGCCCGCGCCCAUCGCCUCCUUCGACCACGACGUCUCCGACGAGUCGAGCCCCGAGACGAAGCAAUCUUUCCGCCUGCCGGAGAUCGUCGAGGACGCCAGCUCGACCGGCGGCGGGGACGCGCUAGCGCCGCCCGCGCAGCGCGCGCGCUCGCAGUCCACGCCGGCGGCGGCGGCGGCGAGUGUGGGUGCUGCGGGUACUGUGGGAGCGGGUGCUGCAGGCGCUCUAGCCGCGCCGGCCGCGCCGCGCAUCGACAUCUCGCGCGCCUCCAGCUCCAGCCACCACGACUCGCGCGACAGCUCGCCCGAGCUGGCGCUGUUCGCGGGCGCCGCGCCGUCGGCCGCCGAGGGGCUCGGCUUCCGCGAGGACGGCGCGCUGGACCUGCGCUCCUCCACCGAGGAGCUCGCCUUCCUGGAGCCCGCGCCGGCGCCGCCGCCCGCCGCGCCCGCGCGCCGCCACUCGCGCAAGGACUCGCAGGGCUCCGAGGCGGCGCUGCUGGCGGUGUCGGGCCGCACCAGCCGCCUGUCCAGCGUCGGCUCGCAGUGCUCGGCGCACUCGGCGCUGUCCGGGCUCAGCCGCGCCGGCCGCCUGUCCGUCGCGUCCGCCGCCUCGCGCUCGCCCUCGCCGCACAGGAUGCUGCUCGAGACCUCCUUCUGCGGGCCCAAGCCCAUCGAGACCGACCCCGAGCUGUGCGCCGCCGCCGUCGAGGAGCGCCUGCUCGAGAUGGCCGAGCUGAGCGCCGCCACGUCGCCCGCGCCCGCGCCGCCGGUGGACGCGCGCGACCGCCGCGAGGUGCGCACCGAGGCGACCGUCGAGCGGCCCGCGCCGCGCCCCGCCCCCGCGCGCCCCGCACCCGUGCCUUCCGCCCCCGCCCCCGCCGCUAAGCCCGCGCCGGUGCCCGCCCCGCCGGCGUCCGAUCCCCCGGCGCCCGCCGCCGACGACGAAAAGCGACAAAAAGAAACCAGAAAUCGAGUCCGAGCCGAGGAGAGAAGAGCGAGAUCGCGGGAGCGCCGCGAGGACCCGGGCGAGAGUCGGACCGAGAGUCGAUCGAAAGACAUCAUUCGGAUAAGGCUGAAACCGAGCGAGGAGUACGAGGACGACGACGACGACGACGCGACCGAGUGCGCGGCUCGCGGGCCGGCGCCGGGGCCGGGCCCGGGCCCGCGGGCGGCGCGCCCCACCGAGCUGGCGGCCGAGCCCGCGCCCGCGCCGCGCCGGCCCGCGCGCGACUCGCGCACGCCCUCGCCCGCCGGCGUCGUGGUGUCGCGGAAGUCCUCCUUCUGCUCGCUGUUCAAGUCCCGCGAGACGAUCGCGUCGCCGGAGUCGCCGUCGGACGCGCUCCGUCGCAAGAAGAGUCUCAACGAGGGCCGGUCGCGGAGCCGAAGCCGCGACCGCUCCGCGACGCCGACGUCUGCGACCAAAAUCAAGGGUUCCGUGCUGUCGCUCUUCAAGACUCCGCGGAAGAGCGCCACCUCCCCGUCUCCGAGCUCGCGCGAGGGCUCGCCGGUGGUGCAGGCGCCGCGGCCGGCGGUCCCGCAGCCGCCCCGCCCCACGCGCGGCGAGAAGCUCAAGUACUACGAGGACGCGAAGGAUGGAAUCAUCCACAUCCCGCUUCGCACGCCGCCCGACGAGGCCGGCGCUCCCUCGGGAGAUCACGACGUGCGACCCGCCUCCGCCCCGCAGCAACGCGGGCCUCCCUCUUCCGUCGUGACGUCUGCUGCGGUUCCGUCAUCGUCGGCCGGCAGCAGCGUCGCCGCGGGCCCGGCGUCGACCUCGGUUCACGCCGCGCGAUCUCCCUCGAAACCUAUCCAGCGCACCGUGCUCCCCGACGGGAGCAUCAUAAUCCCGCUUCGCUCACCGACGGAGAAGAACGCCGAGGACGACCUUCUGGCCACCUUUCCGGUCAAAUCCAAGACUCCAGAGGAGCCUCGACCGGCCGAGAAAACCUCCCGGUCCUCGUCGACGGUGGAAGUCGUUUCCGCCGUGAUCAGUCCCGGACCGGUGUCGACGAGUUCCGGUCCGGCGUCCGCGAGCCCCGGGGACGCGGCGACGGGGCCGAGCGCGCCCGACGUCACGCCCUCGCCCGACCCGCCGCCGCCGGUGGCGCCGACCGAGCGGGCGCGGUCGCGGCGCGAGCGCCUCAUCUUCACGACCCACGUCGGCAGCGCCGAGCAGGUUUUCUGCACCCAAUUCAGUAUAACGAAAACGCCGAGCGUCACCAGCGAGAUCUCCGGAUCCUUUCCGAGCUUCCCCGACGUCGAGGAGGCCGUCGCGGCGGCGUCGACGUCUCAAGUGACUUCGGCGUCGACGUCGACGGUGGCCCUCGAGCUCCACACGCCCGCCGCCGAGUCGCACACGCCGGCCGUCAGUCCGGGGGCGGAGACGCCGCGCGGGGGCCCGGCGCCCAGCCCGGGCGGCGCGAGCCCGCAGGACGCCGGGCGCGACUCGUCCGAGUCGGAGGCGAGCUCGGAGGCGGCGCCCGCGCGCGCCGGCAACGACGUGGAGCGACGCGGGCUGGUCGUGCAGGAGUCGUUCGAGGACGAGCUGCCGUACGUGCCGACGACGCUGCCGCAGGAGCGCUCGCUGGCGCUGCCGAUGGUGCCGGUGCGCGAGCGCGGCGGCGUGCGCGUGGCGGCGCUGCAGCGGCCCCGGGCCAGCCCCGCGCCGCGCGUGCCGCCGGUGCCGCCGCCCAGCACGCCGGCGCCGCGCGCGCCCGCCGCCGAGGACAAGAUCCGCAUCAAGCUGCCGCGGCGGCCGCGCACCGCGUCGGCCAGCGCGGCGCCCCCGCGACCCGAGCGCGCCCGAUCUCGCAGCGGGAGCGAAGGAAUGGAAACUCGAUCGAAGGCGGAGUGGAUCGACUUCGAAGAAGUACCUGAAAAACGAAAGCAACCGAAGCGCAUCCAGACGCUGCCGAGCGCGGCGGUGGGCGCGGGGGUUGCGGCGGGCGCGGGGGCGGCGCGCGACGUGGUGUUCAGCUACGUGGCGCCCGACGAGUGCCGCUGCGAGUGCCACGCGCGCGCCGACGACGAGACGCCGCUGCUGCUCGACGACGCGCAGCCCCGGCUUGGCAUGUCGCCCGAGGAGGCGGAGGCGGGCGCGGGGCUGGCGCGGCCCUUCACCGCGGACCUGCAGCUGCGGCACGAGCCCGCCACGCCGCAAGAGCCGGCGGGCGCGCGGCCCUGA